AUGGGUAAAGAAGAGCAACGGUGCUUGGCGACGGGGCACGGCAUCAUAUGCGCGGCGCUGCCCCGGUCCGGCACGGCAUCCCUCGCGGCGGCCCUGACGACGCUUGGCCUCGGACCCGUGCACCACGGGCUCAACGUCACGAACACCCGGGAGUACUAUGCCUGGGGCCAGGCGGCGUGGUGCAGCAUGCCGUACUUCCGGGCGGCGGGGCUGGAUCCGGCCAGGAGGCUGCCGUUCUACAUCAAUCCCGCCGACGCCCUGCUCCCAUGGACGCGAGGUGACUGGGAUAGGCUGAUUGGCGGGUACCGCGUCGUCACUGACGUUGCGAGCUUCUACACAAAACAGCUGAUACAGGCAUAUCCCGAGGCAAAGGUCAUUUUGGUGGAGCGGCCCGUCGAUGGAUGGAGAGCGAGUUUCGGGGAGGUGGUUGUGGACAGGCUGUGUUGCGGCGUCCGGGGAUUUGUUUUGGGCACGCUGGGCCCAUUGGCGGGUUUCCCGGCGCUUUACAUUGUGCGGGACAUCAUCCUGGGCUGGUUGGGCACGGAGACGAGGACCGAGACGUGGGCGAGGAUGGAGGUCGUCCACGCAGAGUACUACGCCAUGGUGAGGCGGGAGGUUCCGCGGGAGCAGGUGCUCGAGUUUCAGCACGGGGACGGAUGGGCUCCGCUGUGCGAGUUUCUGGGUGUUGCUGCGCCCGAUGAGCCGUUUCCGAGGGUGAAUGAGAGGGCCGAGAUACUUGAGGUAUUGGAUGGGCUGUUGAGGCAGGUUGUUGUGCGGGUGAUUGUCAGGCUGGCGCUGGCCGUGGUCUGCCUGGGUCUCUUUUCUACGGUUGCGGUGUUCUUUUGGCACCGGACUUGGGGGGACGUUCAGUGGCGGUUGGCCUUGGACUGGGUGUAG